GAAAAAUGUGCCGAACUGCAGCUUUGGAUUUGCAUGGUGGGACGGUUGUUGCAACUGUCGCGACCAGCGAAGUGUCCAAGAGCUGGGUUCGUCCUCAAUGAGCAUUGCCUUGAAUGCUGGCUAGAAACCUACGGACGAGAACUACGGAUCAAAAUGUGGAUUAUAUCGUCUCGCCGCCACGCGUGGAAGUCGCCGUAAGCAUCUACACGUUGACGCCGGUGUCUGUCUGCGUUGCUCCGACUCGGAAUCCGAGCGCAAAACGCGUCAGAUGUGCACGCUCAAUGCCGCGAUUGCCACGGGCUAUGGCCGACCAGGUGCUUGCAGGGAACGCUCACCGCGGCACAAACGCAUCAGGCGAACUCGUCGUGAAGCAGGAGCGAGGCUUUUUCCGCCAUGACUCACUGAGAAACCUCCAUCUUCAGCUGUGGCUCUGGUCCUCAUUGGCUCCGGCUAUCGGAGAUUACCCACGUCCAUGGCCGCUUCCUGGUUUCGGCGUGGAAGUUCAGAAGACCAGCCGCUUGUCGCUCCCUCAUUGUGGAAAACGAUGCCCAACUGCAGGAAGCUGCCGCAGGGCGCCAGCAGCAACAGCCGCCUGCUUGCGAUGUCGGUCAUCGAGGAGGAGCCGGCCCACAUGCGCGAGUCGCGUCUGGGAGAGCAGGAAAGGCACCCGGAGGAUAUUAAACCCAGCAGUGACAGCUUCCUUGAUGAGAUAGACGGGAGACCUCGUCCGUCCGCUGCACGCGCCGCCACAGGUCCAGCAUCCCCAGUCUCCAAGGCAGAAUCAGCUACAAACAUGCAGUCUAGGUCAGCGUCGAGCUCUGCGUCGACAGCUCCGUCAUCCGUAGACGAAAGGUACGAACACCAGUACUCGAGGAAUUCACGAGGACCUAUGAGUCCGCCCCGUAGCUCCAAGGUGCCAUCCCGUCAUCAUCGCAGCUCCGAGUCUCGUUCAAGACCCCACUCGUCGACGAGCAGACACACGCGAGACUCUCGUAACCAGGAGCGUCCGUCUCAUAGAAUACGCUCGGAGCCAGAGUACACACCGCGCUCGAAAUCGUCGUACUCCUCGUCGUCUGAGGAGGACGAAGCGAACAACCAGCAUCGUAGACCCCCUCGUCGUCAUGUAAGUCCUCACUCUAGCCGUCCGAAGGCGUCCUCUGUCCCUUCUUUAGCGGCGAAGCGUGAACGUACCCACCGCCGUACCCCCAGUGCACCGACCAGUUCUUCAAACGAAGUUCCGAGGGCGAAAUCGUCGACGAGACUGGACUCCAUUCACUCGUCUACUUCACAGGACGUGUACGAAUUCCAUCAACGCACGGCAUCUCGUCAACAAUCGUCGAGACUGCGCUCCAGUUCGCGUGAGAAAUCCCAGUCGAAGAUGCUGCCGCCGUUCCGAGAGCCGUACUCUGAGCGUGGUAAUACGCGUUCAGAGUCGACUUCUCACUCGAGUUCUGCUCACCCGGACCAAGAACGCAUGCACCGUCGGACGCCUCGUCAUACUUCGCCCCCAAGUUCCGGCGAAGAUCAGCGACACAAGUCAUCUUCCACACUAGCGUCAUUGUCUGAAACGGAGCUGUAUGAGGACCGUCGGGUACGCGCAUUUCGAGACGUGAGUCCUCCUCCUCGACAGCGGUCAACGUCAAACCCGAAGCCACUGUCUCGCACCCACAUUGGCUCUGCACAGCGUCAAGUAGCUUCGUGUCGAGAGUCCAAGACACCUGUCACCAUGAACCCGAAGUUGAUGGGGCCUUCCAAGUCAGCAAAGGACCAGCAACGUCAGUUUUUGAGCUCGCGAGACCCGACACGAACGCGAUCGACUUCACUUCUCCCCAAAAAGCCAUCAAAGCCUGCUUCUAGCGAAGGUUCGAUGCCCCGAUCGGCAUCUGCAUCGAGUUUGUCUUCGCUUGGAUCCACUCCCUCGCCUCGCAUAAGUGUGCCUCAGAUGCCGCUACGUCUCCGUCAUUACGAAGGAAGAUUCCCCAAUCGACGGAAGCAAACGCUGUUUUACUUCUCUCUCUUCCCGCCGGAGAAGAUGCCGAUGCGCGCAGUUGUGUUGUGUCUGCACGGCAUUGGCGACCACUGCCGACGGAACGUUAAACUGUACGAGCGAUUGUGCAGAGAAGGCUUCGGUGUGAUCACCUACGACCUGCUCAACCACGGCGUGAGUGAUCUGGAUCAGCACAAGACCCGCGCGCACGUCGGCAACUUCCAGUACCUCAUCGACGACACGAACGACUUCAUCACGUUUGCCAAGCGAUCCAUCUACACCGACGCACUUCGGUACUGGCGGAAACAUUACGGACGGGACGGCACGGACCCGUUUUCACGGCCUGAAUUGCCACUCAUCAUUGCUGGGACGUCGUUCGGCUCUCUUGUCGGUCUUCACACCGUUCUUGCUGGUGAGCACACGUUCGCCGCUGCAGUGUGGGGCUCACCUACUGUCGGUGUGACCUGGAACCCUCUGCUUUGGGCAGAGUCGAAGCUUGCGAAGCCUCUUGCGGCAAUUAUGCCAACGGCGAAAGUUGUGCCUGCCGUUCAGCACGAUCUACUGUGCCGUGACCCAAAGUUCUUAAGGAGAUUCAAGGCGGAUCCACUCACGUCGAUGGAUAUGAUGACAACUCGCACGGGACACGAGUCGCUGCAGGCGAUGAUCCAACUGCAAGAAGAUAAGCGGGUGACAGACCCAAACAGCGCGUUCUGCGCCGUCCCGACGCUCUUCCUGGCCGGAUCCGCCGACGGCAUUUCCGAUCAGCAGGCGGCAAUUAAAUUUUUCGGCACGAUGGGGAACUUUGACAAGGAAUUCAAACUGUUUGAUGGUCUGUUCCACAUGGUGUACGAGGAGCCCGAGAAGGAGGACGUCUUCCGGUACCUGGGCAAGUGGUUGCACCGCCGGUUUCCCGUUGAAACGCGUAAGUAAGAUAUAAUCGUUGAAUGGAAAAGUUGAGUAAAGAGUUGGAAGUGAAGCCGAAAAGUGGGGUAAUCUUUGUCCGAUUUGUGACUGGAGGUGAGCCUCACCGUGAGGUGAGCCCUCAACAACAAGAACUUCCACGGUACACGUGAUUCGCGAAAACCUUCGUUUCAAUGACUUAGGUUCGAGUGGAUUUGUCGAAACGAAACCGGCCAUGGGUCACCCAAUUUUCGGGCGUCUAGGUCAAGACUCUUUAAUACCUCAGGCCAUCACUCACGUGACCGCCAGUCAAUGCAACGACAACUACGAUGCACUUCAAUGCCUUGGCGGGCAGGAGCAAGUAAGGCAUUCCUCUACAUGCCUUCAACGAGCGAUUUCGGCGGCCACUCGCAUAAGCAUUAACGUAGCGUAUUCAUUUACAGAAGCGAUCAAAGCAGCGUGAGCUUCGGCCUUUGACGCACGGGUUUCUACGAAAACCUCUGGCAUG